CUCGCCAUGUCUGCCCGCGUCGCACGGUCCCUGGGGCUGCAUCCGAUUCCGCUCCGCCCUCUUCCGCUCCGCCGCCCAAUACACUCCUCGUCAGUCACGAGAUCGCCCACUACCGGCGGGAACCACCAGCUGUCGAAUCAUACACACCAGGCCCAGAGGCAGCAUAAGCCGCCCAAUGCACAUGCCAAUUGGUAUCGAGAGAUUGUGCCUGCCAUGCUCCCCAUAUUCGUCCUUUCCACCACCAUAUUCCUCUCCCUCUCUCUCCUCCGCACCUAUCUCUCCCACUCCUACUCCCUCGCCCAGUCCGAAACGCGCAUAUCAGAGCUGGAACUGGAAUUGCAAGAGUUGAGGCGGGAACAGAGGAGGCAGAGGUGGAGGGAGAAGAAGGAGAGGGAGAGGAUGUUGCCGAUGGUCGUGGAGAGGGUCUUGCAGAGGGUCGGUGUGGUGGGGGGAGAGGAGGAGGAGGAGGAGAGAGUAAUCUAG